CAACAAUUCGUUUUUUAAGAUAACCUCAAUUUUUGACAUAACAUUCAUGUCGAUGAAAAAUGUCUAAUAUCGCAAGGAUAUUUCAAAGAUUAUCGAUUAAUGAGGUAACAAAUGUCGGUAGAAUACUUGGAGGUAUACGACAAAAGACGAAAUUCGUGGAAUUACCAGAAAUUGGUAGAGGGAAAGCCUUUCGAAGGAUAGUUCACUAUCCAGAACAGUACACUGUAAAACCUUUAGAUGUGACAAAUUUAGCCGGUAGGGACCCCGUUACGGGUCGUAUGGUUGUCAAAGGUAUUGGGGGUGGAAUAAAACACAAAUACCACUGGAUAGAUUGGAAACGACAGGGCCCCACUGAAGGCCCUCCACAAGUUGAAAAAGUCAUUCAAAUUCUUAAGGAUGGAUGUCGUACUGCUCACGUAGCGUUAGUUGGAUAUGAAGACAAGUUAAAAUACAUAUUGGCCACAGAAAACAUGAAAGCCGGAGACAUUAUUAAAACCUCAUCGCACAUACCUCGUAUACCUGUAAGAGCGAACGAAGGUGAUGCCCAUCCACUUGGGGCUCUACCAAUGGGCACUCAAAUUAAUUCGGUCGAAAAAUACCCAGGAAAGGGCAGCUUUUAUGUGCAUGCUGCUGGGUCAUAUGCAACAAUACUUCGUAAAGCUCCUAACAAUCAUGUGAUUAUUUUAAUGCCUAGUAAGAAAGAGUUUAGCUUGCCAGAAACAUGUAUGUGUACUGUCGGUAGGUUGAGUAAUGUUGAUCAUGGCAGCACACACAUUGGAUCUGCACAAAAGAAUAGAGAAUUAGGUAAUAGGCCAAGGUCAGGUUUGUGGCAAAGAAAAACUGGUAGGUUUGGAAGAAAAAUUAGGAGACCUCCACCUGUAAGGACUAUUGGCGCCACCUCACAGGAAAAAAUUGAAACUAUUAGAUUCACUGUCGACAGACCUUUUGUGAAAACUAAAAUAUCUUAUUUCCAUUGUAAUUAAAUAUAUUAAGCUUUAAGAUUACUUUUAAUUUUAUUUUACAAUUAGGUAUUAAGAAAAU